AUGAUCUAUAAGAAUAAGGAGCCAGACGGGCGCCACAGUCUUUUAUUAGAUCUCCAAUACCCCUCACACACAGACCCCCAGCCCCACCCUGUUCCUCCAACGCUAUCCCCCAGCCUCAGCCUCAGCCUCAAUCCCAAUAUCAGCACCAGCCCUAUCCCCCAGCCUCAGCCUCAACACCAGCCCCAGCCCUAUCCCCCAACCUCAGCCUCAAUCCCAACACCAGCCCUAUCCCCCAGCUUCAGCCUCAAUCCCAACACCAGCCCUAUCCCCCAGCUUCAGCCUCAAUCCCAACACCAGCCCUAUCCCCCAGACUCAGCCUCAAUCCCAACACCAGCCCCAGCCCUAUCCCCAGCCUCAGCCUCAAUUCCAACACCAGCCCUAUCCCCCAGCCUCAGCCUCAAUCCCAACACCAGCCCUAUCCCCCAGCCUCAGCCUCAAUCCCAACACCAGCCCCAGCCGCAUCCCCCAGCCUCAGCCUCAAUCCCAACACCAGCCCCAGCCCUAUCCCCCAGCCUCAGACUCAAUCCCAACAUCAGCCCUAUCCCCCAGCCUCAGCCUCAAUCCCAACACCAGCCCUAUCCCCUAGCCUCAGCCUCAAUCCCAACACCAGCCCUAUCCCCCAGACUCAGCCUCAAUCCCAACACCAGCCCUAUCCCCAGCCUCAGCCUCAAUCCCAAUACCAGCCCCACAGCCCCAGCCGUAUCCCCUAGCCUCAACCUCAAUCCCAACACCAGCCCUAUCCCCCAGCCUCAUUCUCAAUCCCAACACCAGCCCCGGCCCUAUCCCCCAGCCUCAGCCUCAAUCCCAACACCAGCCCUAUCCCCCGACCUCAGCCUCAAUCCCAACACCAAGCCUAUCCUACAGCUUCAGUCUCAAUCCCAACACCAGCCCCAGCCGUAUCCCCUAGCCUCAACCUCAAUCCCAACACCAGCCCUAUCCCCCAGCCUCAUUCUCAAUCCCAACACCAGCCCCAGCCCUAUCCCCCAGCCUCAGCCUCAAUCCCAACACCAGCCCUGUCCCCCAGCCUCAGCCUCAAUCCCAACACCAGCCCCAGCCCUAUCUCCCAGCCUCAGCUUCAAUCCCAAAACCAGCACCAGCCCUAUCUCCCAGCCUCAGCUUCAAUCCCAACACCAGCCCCAGCCCUAUCCACAGCCUCAGCCUCAAUCCCAACACCAGCCCCAGCCCUAUCCCCCAGCCUCAGCCUCAAUCCCAACACCAGCCCUAUCCCCCACUCUCAGCCUCAAUCCCAACACCAGCCCCAGCCCCCCAGCCCUAUCCCCCAGCCUCAGCCUCAAUCCCAACACCAGCCCUAUCCCCCAGCCUCAGCCUCAAUCCCAACACCAGCCCAAUCCCCCAGCCUCAGCCUCAAUCCCAACACCAGCCCUAUCCCCCGGCCUCAGCCUCAAUCCCAACACCAAGCCUAUCCUCCAGCCUCAGUCUCAAUCCCAACACCAGCCCCAGCCGUAUCCCCUAGCCUCAACCUCAAUCCCAACACCAGCCCUAUCCCCCAGCCUCAUUCUCAAUCCCAACACCAGCCCCAGCCCUAUCCCCCAGCCUCAGCCUCAAUCCCAACACCAGCCCUAUCCCCCAGCCUCAGCCUCAAUCCCAACACCAGCCCCAGCCCUAUCUCCCAGCCUCAGCUUCAAUCCCAACACCAGCCCCAGCCCUAUCCACAGCCUCAGCCUCAAUCCCAACACCAGCCCCAGCCCUAUCCACAGCCUCAGCUUCAAUCCCAACACCAGCCCUAUCCCCCAGCCUCAGCUUCAAUCCCAACACCAGCCCCAGCCCUAUCCCCAUUCCCAGCCUCAGCCUCAAUCCCAACACCAGCCCCUGCCCCAGCCCUAUUCCCCAGCCUCAGCUUCAAUCCCAACACCAGCCCCUGCCCCAGCCCUAUCCCCCAGCCUCAGCCUCAAUCCCAACACCAGCCCCUGCACCAGCCCUAUCCCCCAGCCUCAGUCUCAAUCCCAACACCAGCCCCAGCCCUAUUCCCCAGCCAAACCCCAGUCCCGGCAUAUAAAUAACUAA